AUGGAGACGAAUCAGCCGCGGGAGUUAGAGGAGGAGGCCUCCAGGGAUCUUGGCAGUCCCCGGGGCUCUGUGCCAACAGAUUCUGAGAUCGCUGAGGGCGUGUGCGAGUCCGCUUCAAUCGAAGACGAAAACAGCUAUCCGGCACGGACUGCAGACAGUUCUGAUUGUACUGCCAUUGCCGGGGAAGCAUCAACAAGGGCUCAAGUCCUGACAGGGGAUAAAAGGACAACCAUUGGUCCGGGGGCAGGCCUCGGCGGCAUUUUCAGCGGGCAAAGCCUGCUGACCGACGAGCAAGUAGCAACGGCGCGAUCCCUUUUCAAGGAACUCGACGCUCGAUCGACCGGUAUCCUGAAUCCUGGCCAGAUCCCCACAUUGCUUACCAUACUCGGGUACAGGGUAACAGAAGAAGAGAUGCAUCACGCGCUGAAUGAGUACGAUGCGGAGUACGAAAACGGCCUCAACGAAGACGACGUGAUCCGACUCAUCGAGGAAAUGGAGACCAAUGCUUUCCAGAAGAAACAGUUGCUUGAAGCCUUCGCUUUGAUGGACGUAGAUAGCAGCGGCAUUAUUGAAGUUGCAAGACUUCAGGCCUUGCUCUGUGGUGCCGAAGGCGGGGGGGCAGACGAUGUCCCAGAUCCCCUCUCUGAGAGUGAAUUUGCCUACUUCAUGCUGGAGGCGCGGGCAAUGAAAGACGGUCGGUUCGACUACAAAAAAUUUGUCAACGACCUGCUUUUCUCGAAAGUCCCGAUUGAGCCAGUUGGGGGCAGGACAAAAGGGAAAGGGAAGAAGAAAAAGAAGUAG